UUCAGCCUACAGUACAUUCUGCUGCUUAUCCGGGGAUGUCACACCGCUGCUAUUUUCUCCCCUCAGUCCCUCUCACUCUCAGCCUACAGCUCCAGCAGACUGACACUGGGCUUUGGAUAGAAAGAAACGAACAAUAAGAUACAAAAACAGGAGGCCAAAAAAAAUGACAGAGCUCGGAGCGGGAAGCCUGCCGCUGGGAGAUCCUGCUUUUAAUUACCAGGAGCACGAGCUUAACGAGAGGCUGAAGCGGCUUUACCCGGCUGUAAACGAGGAAGAGACCCCUUUACCCCGAUCCUGGAGCCCCAAGGAUAAAUACAGCUACAUUGGGCUGUCACAGAACAACCUACGGGUCCAUUACAAAGGUCAUGGAAAGAACCACAAAGAUGCAGCAUCAGUGCGAGCCACACACCCAAUCCCUGCUGCCUGUGGGAUCUACUACUUUGAAGUCAAGAUUGUCAGCAAAGGUCGAGAUGGAUACAUGGGCAUUGGCUUGUCUGCUCAGGGAGUCAACAUGAACAGACUGCCUGGAUGGGACAAGCACUCAUACGGUUACCAUGGAGAUGACGGACACUCCUUCUGCUCCUCCGGGACCGGCCAACCAUACGGGCCGACAUUCACCACGGGUGAUGUAAUUGGCUGCUGCGUCAACCUCAUUAACAACACUUGCUUUUACACCAAAAAUGGCAUCAGUUUAGGUGUUGCCUUCACAGACCUCCCCCCCAACCUGUACCCCACUGUGGGGCUUCAGACCCCCGGUGAGAUCGUAGACGCCAACUUUGGCCAGCAGCCAUUUGUCUUCGACAUCGAGGACUACAUGAGCGAAUGGCGGGCCAAGAUCCACGGCAUGAUCGCUCGCUUUCCCAUAGGCGAGCGGCUGGGGGAGUGGCAGGCCGUCCUACAGAAUAUGGUGUCCAGCUACUUGGUGCACCAUGGGUACUGUGCCACUGCAACAGCCUUUGCCAGAGCUACAGAGACCAUGAUACAAGAGGACCAGACAUCUAUAAAGAACAGACAGAGAAUACAGAAGCUAGUGCUGGCAGGGCGGGUUGGUGAGGCCAUAGAAGCAACUCAGCAGCUUUAUCCUGGCCUGUUAGAACGCAACCCCAAUCUACUAUUCAUGUUGAAGUGUCGCCAGUUUGUGGAGAUGGUGAACGGUACAGACAGUGAGGUUCGCUGCUUGACUAUUCGCUCCCCAAAGUCCCAGGACAGUUACCCCGGCUCACCGUGCCUCAGCCCCCACCACGGAGCCAGCAACACACACCUGCACACCGGAGGUUCAGACAGCCCCACCUGUAGUAACGGGGUGACUCCCCCGAACAAGUCAAAGAGCCACAGCAGCAGCGGCAGCAUCAAAUACCCCAGCGCGUCCUCCUCUGCCUCUUCCUCCUCCUCCUCCUCCCCUUCAUCCAUCAACUACUCUGAGUCUAAUUCCUCCGAUUCCACCAAGAGCCAGCCGCACAGCGCCAACAGCACCCAGGAAACCAGUGACAGUGAGAUGGAGAUCGAAGCAGAGCACUACACCAACGGCGUUGUUGAGGGCUCCUCGGCGCGGAUCAUGAACGGAACAUACAAACAUGAAGAGAUCCUUCAGCCAGACGACAACAGCAUUGGCAAUGGAGUCACAGAUGAGGUUUGUAGUCACAGCAGACAGCUUUGUGGUGGGAACCAAGCAGCCACAGAGAGGAUGAUCCAGUUUGGACGGGAGCUGCAGGCGCUCAACGAACAGCUGUGUCAGGAGUACGGCAAGAAUACCACACACAAGAAAAUGUUACAGGAUGCAUUCAGCCUGCUAGCGUACUCAGAUCCCUGGAACUGCCCCGUGGGCCAGCAGUUAGACCCUACGCAGAGAGAGUCACUCUGCUCUGCCCUCAACAGCGCCAUACUGGAGUCUCAAAAUCUGCCUAAACAGCCUCCGCUGAUGCUAGCGCUCGGUCAGGCCACGGAGUGUGUUCAGCUCAUGGCCCGAGUCCGGUCCGGUUCCUGCUCCUUCGCCAGAGUAGACAACUUUUUGCACUAGCCCAGGUCCAGGUUAUUGUUAAGUAGCACUGAGAGAAGACAUGUCCAGCAGGUAGUUGUCAUGGCAACGGAGGAAGGAGCGUUGGUGCAUUUGGCUGUCCAUCAGACCGAGCCAGCAGAACAGGCAAGAGAGGCAGAGGAGAGAGAGAGAAAAGAAAGGUUCCUUUUUAUUUAGUAUUAUAAAAUAAAUAAAUGUGUGACACUAUUUAAAGAUAAUUAUUAUUCUGUUCAUCUAGCCUUUUUUUUCUUUUGUUUUUUAGUUCUUUUGUGUCAGUUUGUUGUGCUCAUCCUGGAACAAAGAAAUUGUAAACCUCCUUCUGAUUCUUCCCUUCUGUUUUAACGGGUGGAUUUCUUCUCCCUGCUGUCAGUAUUGAUGUUCUUGUUUACCAUAUCACAGACCACAAUACCCAAAAGCUGGUUUCCACAGUCAUCGUGACACCUGUAGGCCUUUUUUUUUCAAUUAGACACGGCGGAUCUUGAAAUACAAAAGGGUUCAAACUCGUCAUGAAAAUUAUUCCAGAAAGUCAAAGAAAAUCAAAAUUCACUGGACAAAGCUUCCAAGUCAUACUCUAAUAUGUCUGUGCGAGCUAGCAAUUUUUUACCCAAAGAAUAGGAGACUUCCUUAAAACUUUACCCAUGUAAAAGAAAAAAAACAUAAUUGAAGGUCCUCUGUAGCUGCGAACGCUGCCGGGAGAGAGGGUGAUGACAAGAGACUACAGUGGAAUAUUAGAGGUGUUGGAGCCUUGAUUUUACCGUAACAACCACAACGUCGACCAAUCAGCGAUGUGGUUGCAGGUGGCAGAGCUCGGCAAGAGCUGCACCGACAACAUCCGCCUUCAGGACCAAGUCUUACACUAUUUUAAUGGCCACCUUGAUGCCAGUAUUGAGGAAAUCAGUAUCAAACUCAGCUUAACAAGCGCUGUGUGUGCGUGUGUGUGUGUGUGUAUUCAGGGCACUCCCCCUGAGAUUUAAUUACUGCUGCCCUUUUUUCCUUCGCCAUCCUCCACAGCCUGACCUGCUGUGUGCAUGUGCUGUUGCAAACACUGUUUCAGAAAAAAAGGAAAACCAUCUUCCGAACACACACGUGUAGUUUUUUAGGGAGCACUGUGUGAUCUUUCGUUUUGAUUUUAAAGAUUGUGAAAACCAGUUCUGGUUGUUGGGAAAGUUUCUCUCUUUUUGCCUUACACAGAGCCCUUUAGGUUUAUAAAACAAAUUAGUCCCAGAGUUUCAAUAUGUACAAUAACAUGAUGGUAAAACAGUCAUUUUACCCUUCAGGCUAGCUGCUGGCCACAAUGAGAUUUGCAUACAAGUAAAGACAGUGCUCAGGUCCGCUACUUCCUGUUUUGGUGUCAAGUUAUACCUGCCAACAGUCCUGUUUUUACAACAUUUCCCUCAUACUUAAAGCUGCAUAAUAAGUUUGCUUUGUUUCUCCGAGUAUUCUUAGCUGACUGUCUCUCAAUUACUAUCUACAUGCAGUCCACAUACUACACAUAUUAUCAGCCAAAACAGAUUCAAGGCGUGUCUGUGCAACAGCAGGAUUCCUGUGUUAGCUGUUGCUCCUUUAAUGCUUUACCCGUCGACAAAGACGAGAGCACCACUUUAAGACACGCUUAAAGAAUAACAACCAGGAUGUGUGUGACAGGUAAAUGCAGUCAAUAUUAGUGCAGUAGUACAAACACUGCAGAUUGAAAUAGAACAUUAGGGUAAGAAGUUUCGUAGGGCAACAAGCCAUGAUCCGAGGUAGACGGUGCAUGACAUCAACAAAUCUCUGGGUGUUCGAGACCAAAAUGCUGGCAGGUAUGAGUCAGAUCAGUACGAACAGAAGUACGAAAUACCGCUUCCAGACACUUCUCACUUGGCUUGAUAUUAAAAUUAAUUAAUAAGAUAUUACGACUUUAAAUUACUCAGUUUUACACGAUCAGUUCACAGUUUUCAUGCCAGUUUCGGCACCCUCAGACCUUUUUCCACAGCAGAGACUCUGGGUUAUUAUGAGAUAGACACAGAUAUAAUUUGUAAGAAAACAAAUGAAACCAUUCAGACAAGGCUCCAUUUUUGUGUGUAAUAGAACUGAGCCAUCAUUAAAACUUGGUCCAAAAGUAACUUUUCUCAUGACAACUUAAAAUAUCUGCUUGGACGAAAAAGGCCUGUUAGGCUUCACUAAUAUCAUCAAGUAAGUUUUGGUUAGUAAAAAACUAGCUAAAGCACUAACUAGCUGUACCUCACCACCUACAUGUUAGAGAAGCCAUCUUUAUUUUGUCUGCUAAGGACUUUGUUUGAAACUACGCAGCUAAAACACAAACUAAUUCACUAACUGGUGGCUGACGAGGUUGAUUCUUUUGAAUCAGCCAAUCAUUUUGCUGCUCCUCAGAAACACACUGUACAGUAACUAGCCUUUGUUUUAGCAAGACCACAUGCUACCUGGCUACAUUGCUAGCGGGCUCAGCUGCUUUUAAGCUCACAUAGCCGAAUAGUACAAAACGUUAUUUCUAAAAUGUUUCUUAAAUGUUUGCAAAAAAAAAAAA